AUGCGUUCAAUAACGCUUCUGCUGGUCUUCAUAACUAUUGUUGUGUCCGGUGGACGGUUUCCGGAUCCACCCGUUUUUGCAGCUCCACAACAUUACCCAAGUAUUUGUUACCUGCCGCCAGACUCUGGGCUGUGUUCGCAAAAUCCUUCCUCAACCGAGGAGUCUUCAGAUCUUUUGACGAGGUACUACUUCGAUGUCACCACUGAUCAGUGCUAUCCCUUUGGUGUGCAAAACUGCGGAGGCAACGAGAAUCGUUUCAAAUCACGAGCCGAAUGUCAGAAUUUUUGCCGCUUAGACAACAAGUAG